GGACGAACCCUUAUCUGGAAUCAAUGAUCUCAACAGCCAUGAGAAGACCCGAGUUAAUACAGCCAGCACUAGCACGCCUCCCAACAGUACUAAUGUAAUCAUUAAUGAAGACAAACAGCGGCCUCCUGCAGAGAAUGGCCCCCUACAGGGGCCCACUACCACUAAUAUGGAGCCUCGAAAUACAACUCUUCGUACUCUAUAUGUUACAGGCCACGGACCCGAAAGCGCCCGUCAUCACGCCAUGCACGUAGAUAAGCCAGCGAUAUCUCAUAUCGAAAAUCCCGAGACCAACUAUUCUGCACUCGGUGUAGAUAUCCCUCGCAUUGUGGGUCAUUCCGAGCAUCCCAUUAAUUACCGCAGAGGAAGCCUCCAUGUCGAUGGCAAAGAUGACUUAAUACGAGACCCUCAUCACCCUGACUAUCACGGCCACUCUAUUCACGUCCCCCACUAUAACCAUGAUUCGCUCACGCAAGGUACAAAGCUAGGUGCCCCCAUUCAGACAUCUAGAGACAAUAGCAAGGUGAUCCAUGGUAAUGUACAUCAUAGGACCCAGAAUACUCUUCCAGAGGCAGUGGCCGCUAUUCGCAAAAACCCGUUUGAGGCUCAUAUGAGUCAUCGUCGUGCCUCAUAUUCCUCUGGAUUGAACGUGGAUUACCCUGCCAUCCCAACCGCUAACUUGGCUGGAUCGGGAUCAACUGAUAAUACAAACCACGAUAGGCCCGAAGGUGUGCGUAAUUCUGCUAUUAAUGUCGACAGAGCGGGGUCGCUUGACCGUAAGCAUUGCGGCAUGGGUGUUGACGCCCCUGCUCUCGCUUCCCAUGAAAUAGCGUCCUCCGUUUGUUUUGGAUCCAAAAACACACACGCUGGUGAGACUAAAAACAUGGCGAGAGAUAGCACGUCUGUUGCCUCGAGUGAGAGGCACUACCUUGAUGGUGACCAUGAAAGUAUCUUUGACAAAGUCAAGGGCGUCUUCCACAGGCGUAGUUCUGUCAAGAGUUCAGACAUCCCUGCUACACAAAGCUCUAUCAGCGCUGGUAAGGGCAAAGGUAGAGCUCCAGACAUAGUAAACAGCACAGCCUUGCCGUCAGAGCUUUCGACCGAUGUUCCAGCUGGCUACGAAGGUCCUAUUCCGCAGGCGGGACCGGGUGAGCAGGUUGUCUGGGUGAAGAAGACUACCCAGACUGAAAUAUAUGACGAGCCAGAAGAUACCGCAGUGCCAUCGGAGACACAGGACCAUACCUCUAGACGCCAUAGCAGUUCCAGUUCCAAAUCUUUCUUUAAUCGCUUGCGUAGCCGCCACUCCACCUCUUCUUCAGACAAAGGAAAAAACCCUGCCCGUUAAUGGCGAUUUCUGCUAUUACCAUCGCGAGUGUACGCACAUUUUUAGCAAUAUAUUAUUU